CGAGUGAGCGCCCAGAUGGCGUCGGAGGAACUCCGCAAACACUGAACAACCCAACCUUAGAUGAGAAAACCAAGGCUCACACAGACUGGUGACUUGCUGAAGACCACACAGCUAAUAAAUGGCAGAAGCAAGACUGGAACUCGCACACAAGAUGGAAACUGACUACCUGAAGAGAUGCUUUGGAAAUUGCCUUGCCCAGGCACUGGCAGAGGUGGCAAAGGUUCGACCCAGUGACCCCAUAGAGUACCUGGCUCACUGGCUUUAUCAUUACACGAAGAUCACUAAAACAAAAGAAGAGAAUAGGCAGGAGAAGAUCCAGUUGAACGAGGAGUAUGAUAAUAACCUCAAGGAAACCCAAAUGACAGAAAUGCUGAAGCAAGAAGAGUAUCAGAUUCAACAAGAAUGUGAAAAAAGUCAUAAAUACCUUACUACAGACAUAGCUAGUUCCAUGAAGACCAUAUUCAUGUAGGAGAACACAAAACUCCUUAAAAAGGAGCCCUGGAAGCAGGAAUGCCUGCCCGGUACUUCUGAUAUGAUUCCAGGAAUGCCUCAACAGAUUCCUUCUUCUGACUCAUCUGGCCAGGCUGGCUAGAAUGUCAAAACUCCACAAGAAGUAAAUUUAGGCUUUCAACAUGAAGUACUCCCAAAACGCAUCCUGGCUCCAAAUCUCCUUCUUACGUUAUCAGAAGAUGGAUGAUUCUGAUGAUGUUUUCUCAAAGCUGCAAGCCCAAAACAAAGUCAUCUGGAAGAGCUCUUACCUAAAAAUGAUAACGGUAUGGAUUACACCAAGAUUUGAGGGGCUGUGGAAGGAGGUAUCUGUGAGGACUCUCCAGCUC